UCUAAUCCACCACCAACAUGCGCCUCACACUGUCGACCAUGCCCGAGGAGCUCCUGGAGCGCAUCCUCGCCUUUGCCGUGACCCCCUCCUCGCCGUCCGCGCCCCAUCGUCCGUCCUGGCAUGUCGCGACUCCCAAUGCUACGAGGUCGGGCGUUGCACCCCAUGCUACGUCCCUGCUGGUAUCGCGGAAGUGGCUCCGGAUCGCGACACCCGCAUUCUACCGCCACAUCGACCUCCGCUCCGACAGACAGACAGCGAUGCUCGCCCACAGCCUACGCACGAACCCGGAGCUCGGUCGCUGGGUACGCAGCAUCCGUGUUGAGGGCACUUAUCAGAUGCUCCCGGACGUUGUCCGGUUGUGCCCUGCUCUCGAGGAGUUCGACAUGACCGUGGACAACGGUCCCUCUGGCCCGCCUGCGCCAACCGUGAGCUCGCAGCGACCGCCUACCGUUGACGCGGCGGUCGUACGUUUCUGCACCAGCUUCCCAUGCAUGCGUCGGCUACGGAACCUCGUCAUCCGCAAGAACGCGUACUUGACCCUGCCUGGUCCGACGCACAUCUUCGAGGAGCUCGGCAAGGCCAUCCGGCGCUGGAAGUACCUUGAAUGCGUGCAAAUUGCUUUCCGCUUCUCGCCCUCGCCCGCGUCUGCGUCGUUCGCCACGUCGCUUGCCUCCGCUCCGAGGCUCCGAACGGUCAGCGCGCUCCUGCCCACCGUCUGGAACACCGCGCUGCUCGAGAUCUCCCAGAAUCCCUCGCUCGAACGCAUCCACAUAGGGCCUCGGUCGGAGCUCUUCGCGUCGCAGCUAUUUAUCACCGAGGCGCGCAAGUACCCGCGUCUGAUGGGGCUCAUCACAGCGGGCACGCCUGAGCUGCCGGCGGAGUCGCCCGCGCGCUCGCGUUGCUGGCCCGGCUCGUCUAGCCUGCCGAGCCCUGGGCUCAUGCCUCCCGCCUCUGUCUCGCCAUUUCCCGCGCAGUACCCCAAUGCGUACGCGCACGCGCCGUACCAUGCUCCUUCGCCGGCUCCUUACCAACACCUUUCCCAGCGCAGCCGCGCGAAGCCCGAACACGCACGCGCACAUAUGCAGUCGUCUCCGCGCGACCCACGCACCGGACUCCCGAUACCCGCCUCGUCGCAGAGACACGGCGCGCCUGCAGUCCGCCGCAUGAGCGCUGUCUGAGCGGUUGUGGCGGCGGUCCCUGUUCGCGGCGCCGCCAUGGAUGUAUCAGUGUUCACUGGUGCACUGCUCUUCUCUGCCAUACCCUGUGCACGCACAUACCCUAAUUGAUGGACUCGGUGAGUUCUGCGAACUCGU